AUGACUACUGAAGGGAGUUUUAUACAACCAUCCAUUCCUCUUUUUGAUGGUCACUAUGACCAUUGGAGCAUGCUGAUGGAAAAUUUCCUACGAUCUAAGGAAUAUCGGGAGCUGGUGGAGUCUGGCUAUGUUGAGUCUGCCAUUGACCUCACAGUUCUCGACACCAUUCUCAAGAAGGAUACCGCCAAAGAAAUAUGGGAUGCCAUGAAGAAAAAGUUCGAAGGGAAUGCAAGGGUCAAGAGGUCUCAUCUUCAAGUUCUCUGCAGAGAAUUUGAAACUCUUGAGAUGAGGUCCGGUGAAGGAGUGACAGAGUAUUUCUCUAGGGUCAUGACAGUGGCAAACAAGAUGCGAAUUUAUGGAGAAGAUAUGCAGGAUGUUAAAGUGGUGGAGAAAAUUCUACGUUCUUUAACUGAAAAGUUCAACUAUGUUGUUUGUUCUAUUGAGGAGUCAAAGGACAUUGAUGCUCUCAUUGUUGAUGAGUUACAAAGCUCAUUAAUAGCCUUGAAAGUGACAUAUGAAGGAGGAAAAGGUCGUGGUCAUGGUGCCUACAGAGAAAGAGGAAGAGGGAGAGGUCAAGCAGGUUUCAAUAAGGCAACUGUGGAGUGUUACCGAUGCCAUAAUCUUGGACAUUUUCAGUAUGAAUGUCCUUCUGGGAACAAAGAAGCAAACUAUGCAGAGCUUGAUGAGGAAGAUGAAUUGCUUCUAAUCACAUGUGCGGUGAUCAAGCUAUGUUUAGUGAAAUUGAUGAAAAAUUUCAGCAUUCGAUGA